GAGCGGUGUGAUUCAACUGUGCUUUACAGACCGGAGAGAUUACAAAAUAACUACUGACAACAGAAAUGGCUUGUGCCAGUAGUCUAAUGGUGGAGGACAACUUUCUUUGCUCCAUCUGUCUGGAUGUCUUCAAUCAACCUGUGGCGAUUCCCUGUGGUCACACCUUCUGUCGUGGCUGCAUCACAUUCCACUGGGACACUAACAAACCUUUAUUCCUGUGUCCACUGUGUAACAAGGAGUACUCAAAGAUACCAGACCUUUGUGUCAACACUGUCCUCGCUAAUGCUGCCGAAAAGGUGAAAAAGACCAUUCAGGAAAGCCCCCGUGACACCCCCGAAAAAGCAGGAAGUGGACAUGUGCUCUGUGGUAUGUGUACUGGGGGGAAGCUCAAAGCCACCAAGUCCUGCUUAACAUGUUUCAUGUCUUACUGUGACGCACAUCUGCAGCCUCAUCAGAGAGUUUUACCCUUGAGGAAACACAAGCUGAUCAACCCGGUCGAGGACCUCGAGAGCAGGAUCUGCAAAGACCAUGGUGAGCCUUUGGAGAUGUUCUGCAAAGUGGAUUUAAUGUUUCUAUGUAGAGUCUGUGUAGACAGUGACCAUAAAAGCUGUAAGACAGCGAGUGUGGAGGAGGAGGCUGAAAUGAGGAAGGACGAGCUGGGAAAAGAAAAGAAAGACAUGGAUCAGAUGAUUCAGACGCAUCAGCAGAAACUUCUAGAGAUCCAACACUCAGUGGAGGCGAGUGGAAAUAAUGCAGAGAAGGCGCUGGCAUACAGCAAGCAUGUGAUGACUGCUCUGGUGGACUACAUCAGGAGAAGCCAAGUCAAGCUGAGUGAGGUGAUUCAGACGAAGAAGAAAAAGAUUGAAGAAGAUGGGAAAGGCUUCAUUAAAGAACUGGAGGAAGAGAUGAUGCAAAUAAAGCAAAAACAAUCUGAACUUGAUCAGGUCACUGGCAUCAACGACUCCUUUGAAUUCCUGCAGAGUUUCCUUUCUCUCACCAUCACUCCUCCACAGGUGAAGGACUGGUCUGAGGUGACUCUUAACAGCGACCAGUUUACUGUGCAGGAAACAUUGAUGAAGCUGGAGACAACAGUGACAAGGGAAAUCAGGCUGCUGUGUGAUCCAGACUUGAAGAAAAUGCAGUUUCAUGCCGUGAAUCUGACUCUUGAUCCGGACACAGCGAACCCUUCUCUCAUUGUUUCUGAGGACGGGAAAGAAGUCAAGUGUGGAGACAGAAAGAGGAACGUCCCGGACAAGCCAGAGAGGUUCGAUCAUGUCCUCAAUGUCCUCGCAAAGGAGAGUUUUCAUUCUGGAAAGUUCUACUUUGAGGUCCAGGUCCGAGGGAAAACCCAGUGGGAUCUGGGAGUGACUAACCAGUCCAUCAACAGGAAGGGGGACAUGAGACUGAGCCCUAAGAGUGGAUACUGGACCAUCUGGCUGAGAAAAGGAAACGAGUUCACAGCCAACGCUGGCCCUGCUAUCAACCUCCACGUGAGAGAGAUUCCUCAAAAGGUCGGAGUGUUCGUGGAUUAUGAAGAAGGUCAAGUUUCCUUCUACGACGUUGACGCCAGGGCUCGCAUCUUCUCCUUCAGUGGAUGUAACUUCACUGAGAGACUCUUUCCAUACUUUGGACCCUGCGGUAACGAAGGCGGUAAAAACUCAGCCCCACUGAUCAUCACUCCUGUCUGUAACAACAUCUGAGUUUUGGUUUUGUUAGUGAAGGACACAGGGUGAGGGGAUGUGAGGAGGGUUUAUAAUAUUUGAAAUAAAAGAGCUGUGUGUCACUAAGACACCCUGUAGAUCUCACACACACACACACACACACACACACACACACACACACACACACACACACUCACACACUAACAGCUGGCUAUUCAAUUUAAAUUCUGUAGAGUGAAACAUAAUAAAACUGUUUACAAUUCGAGAGAGCAAAUAUGAUUUAAGGUGCAAUGCAAAAAAAAGUAUUAAAAGGAGAUGUGUUUCUGUUGUUGGGGUUAAUUAUGGAAUGAUGCUGAUAUAAAUUUAAAAACCUGUAAUUCACUUUUUGUUCUAAAUAAAAUGCUUCGCAAUGUUAUUUUUGAUCAGUAUAAAUGUGAAUGAUUUAUUUGUUGUUUUUUUUCCUUUUCCUUCUGAGAGCUGGUAGCUUAAUUUGAUAAGAAAAAUCAGGGCCGGCCCGUGGAAUAGGCAGUAUAGGCAAAAGAAGGAAACGUGUUAAACUUUCACUUAAUGUUAUUUUGUCUAACGUAAUUUUUCUCCUUUCUUGCUCCCUGCUUAACCUGAUGCAUCACAACACCGCUGCUCCUUACCUGCUCUUUGUGGGGCAGGAGGGCAGACGAGUUAUCAGAAGUGAGUGACACUGACUGUACUGAUAAAUAUCAGGUUUGAAUAAAGAAAAGCUGUGAAACAUAAA